AUGGGCACCUGGGCCUGCACAGCCUUUCUGCUGCUCUGCCUGACUCCUGACAGCCAGCAAGGCGGGCUGCCCCCAAUCUCUCCUGGCCUGGGACAAGGCUAUGGCUCCCCCAGCCGUCUUGGAGCAGGAUUCAGAAAUGGAAAUGGUCUGGGAGCCCAACUAGGCCUUCCGGCUCAGAAUGGCUAUGGAGGAGGUGUUGCGGCAGGAGUGAAGCCUCAGAAGACAGGCUUUGGGCACAGGCAUGGCGGCGGGCCGGAGGCGGCGGCCUUCCCCGGAGCUGCCCUGCAGCCAGGGUUUGGAGGGGGUCCGAAGCCCCAGAAACCAGGCCUAGGUGGGAGCGUGAAACCUCAGAAGCCAGCCCCUGCACCUCAGAACGGCCAUGGACCAGGCAACGGGCACGGGAUGCAAGCCCCGGCCUUCCCCGGAGGCAGAGCCCAGCCAGGACUCAGCAAUGGAAACGGCCUGGGGGUCCAGCCAGGCUUUGGAGGGGGCAGAAAACCCCAGAAGCCAGGGCUGGGGAAUGGGAACGGGAUGGGGGCCGGUGCCCUCCUCAGAGCUGGAACUCCACCAGGCCCUGCCUCUCAGAAUGGCUACGGACCAGGAUACGGAGGAGGCAUGAAGCCCCAGAAACCAGGAUUUGGGAGCAGGAAUGGGCUUGGAGCCCAGCCAGCUCCUACCACGCGGAAUGGCUACGGCCCAGGCUAUGGAGGGGACACGAAGCCCCAGAAACCAGAACCGAAAAACGCCCUUGUGCCUCUCAGCCUCUUGCUGUGCGCCACUUGCCCUGCAGUGCCCGUUGGUGGUGGGAGGCUGGGGGGCCCGGACGGGGUCCGAGAAGGCAUCGUGGGCUGCCAACCUACUCGCCAGCGCUUCUCUAAGGGCACAGGACCGGGCUGGGAGCCGGGGCCUUCGCUGAUGCGGGCGCUCAGCCAGGUGAGCGGGCGCAGCCUGGGACGGGGCACAAAACCUCCCAAACCAGGUUAUGCCAAUGGGAAUGGGCUGGCGGCCCAGCCAGGGCCUUGCCAUCGGGGGGUCAUCCCCCGGCUGCUCCCCAGGCCUCCCACUCCAGCUGUCCCUUCAGAAAAAGUGGGUGGCUGGGGCCUGAAAUCCCAGCCCCCUCCCGCAGUACAGAACGGCCAGUUCCCAGGUUACCAGCCUCCCAAUGGUUACCGACCAGGGGCAGAACCGGGCUUUGGUGGUGGCCUCAGGCUGCAGAAAGUCGGUUUUAAUUAUGGGACUGGAGCUCUGGGAGCUGGGCUUUUCCCUGAGACCCGCCCACCACCAGCAUUCCCUGGGCUCACUGGCUUUCGGAACGGUCUGCCACCACAGGCCUCUCCCUGGCCAGCCCUCCGGCCCUGGGAGACUGGCAUGAAGCCAGGAUACAGAUAUGCAGGAGUUGGGAGUCAGCCAGGGGACCCUGAGGUGAAGCCAGGUGCCAGUAGCCAUCUGGAAAAUGCCUAUGAAGGUGAGAAGGAACACAUGAUCCACCAAUGCCAUUGUCCCCGCCCCCCCCAGCUGCACAUUCCCAGUGGCCCUGGGGCGGCCGGCGGCGGCCAACUGGCUACGGGGCUGCCCCGCUCGCGCUCGCACCCGCGGUUCUCCCGCGCGCACCCCCGGCUGAGCCGGACCCGCGGGUCGCUGCCGCCCUCCCCGCCGCCCGGGCCGUCCCUGCCGCACCCCCCGCUGCCGGGGCUCCCGGCCGGCCUGACCGCGGGCCCCCCGCCGCCCUCGGCGCUCGCCCAGGCCGAGCUGCCGCCGCUGCCCGCGCUGCCGCUGCGGCCCGAGCUGCUGGCUCCGUGGGGGCCCCUCGCCCACCUGGCGCUGCCGGAGCUGCCGCCCGAGGCCUGCGCGCCCGCGCCGCCCCGCGCCGCCCUCGCCCUGCAGGGCCUGCCGCGCCUGCCCGCGCCCGCGCCGCCGCCCGCGCACCUGCCGCUGCCGCCGCUGCCCGAGGCCGCCGCCGCCGCCGCGCCGCUGCCCGUGGGCGCGCGCGGCCGCCCGCCGCUGCUGGGCGAGGCCUCCCCGCGGCCGCUGCCGCCGCUGCCCGCGCGGCCCGCGCCCUGCGGCCCGCUGGCGCCGCCCGCGCCCCGCGCGCCCUGGCCGCGCCCCGCGCUCCCGCCGCCGCCCCCGUACUUCUUCCUGUGGCCGCCCAGCUGA